AUUCAGGAAGCCUUGGGUCCGUCGAAAACCUUGAAAUUCCCGGUUGCCUCAUCCUGCCAUGUGAAAUGGAGCAGGGGUCAACUCAGUCAAUGAAUCUGAGAUUCAGUCCUUCUUCUGAUUCAAGCAGCCUGACGUGGAAGGUGAUCGCCAUUGUUGCUGGAAUCGAAAUUGACUGGAAUGGCAUUGCCUCUGAUGCUUGUGCCAGUUUGGUUGAGGGAACUUGUCCUGUGGCUUCUGGAGACCUUGUUGAAGCCACAGUUUCCUUGGCAAUCUCUCCUGCCUACCCAGCGAUUGAGGUCCCAGUGGAAAUGAAGAUCCUCAAUGAUGCCGGAGAUGUGGAAGCAUGU